CACGAUGGGAGCCUCUGCAGCCGCUGCCGGGGUUCCCGGAGAUUGCAUUUCCCUGUUUGCUCUGCCUGUGGCAUGUGUCAUCUCCACCUGCACCUGCUACCCAUAUCCGGCUAUUUACGGCAGAUGUAGUUACCAGGAUCGGAGAUUUCACAGCGAUCCACAAGCCGUACCUAAUGAUGCCCGAUGUUCAGAUCUCUCCGUGGCAACAGCAGCCAGGCAAAGUUCUCCAGGAGAGAGAACCAGGAGAGUGCGUGUGUUUAUAUACACACUGGGUGACAUAUUUCAAGGAAUUGGCGCAUGUGAUGUGGGGCUGGCAAGUCCGGAUCCGCGUGGCAGGCUGGAGACGCAGCAGGGGCUGGCGUUGCUGUCUGGAGGCAGAAUUCCUCCUUCUCCGGAAGCCCCCCUGUCUGCCCUGGAGGCCUUCCCGGCCUGGGCGCACCCCACCCCCGGGCCCUUGAGGUGGUCACUGAUGCAGAGGGGCCGACUGUGGAUGGUGAUGGGUCUGCAAACGGCUCCCCAGCAACCCCCAGACUGGUGUCGGCUCGACCUGCGGGCACCGGAGCCGGCCAAGAGGACACGCAGAGCAGGCUGCCCGCCCGUCCUGUGGUCUACGCCGUCAGCCAGUGACGCGGAGGCCUCUCCUUCACGCGGCACGUCCCUGGGCGCCGGGAGCCUUUGAUUGGGACCAGAGCCCCAAAAAGUUGAUUCUGACAGGUUUUGCCAGCUACCUAUUGGUGUGGUGGAGGGACGGAUCUUUGGAGCUCCCAUGCUGUGAUUUUGGGGCUGUCACACCUGAGCGUUUUCUUAGAACUUGCAAGAAACGAGAAAGGCCACGUGCUGGGGAGGAAACUGCCCAGUGGCCACGGGCCAGGCCUGGGGUUGGACAUCGGGCUCUGACACUUGCUCUCUUUGAUCCCCAGCU